AUGCAGGGAGAUAUUUUCCAGAUGGAACAGUUGGCCUCCCGAGCCCACGCCACGUUCGAACCAAGCUCCGUCUCAGUAGAUAGCAACCCUCCUAACCCUAACCCUGAGGUUGCUAUCUACAACGAGGACGACCUCUCUCAUCUCCUCUAUGUGAACCACCUACACCACGCCGGUCACAAAGACAAAGUCAUCAUCAACCACGUCUACCGGGACGGCUACGCCACGCCGUUGGAGUCCCAGCCCUCGGGCGCCCAGACACCCGAGACGGAGACCAACGAAACGCCUGUCCUCAGCGACUGCGAGUCCGACUUCGACGAAGGUGUGUACUUUUCGCCCUCAUCGGAUAUCUUUCACCGAAGAAGUCCGCUAAAAUUCGAAGACGGCUUCGAAUUCCCCGUCUUCCUUGGAAGGCAAGCAGAGGAGUCGUCACCCCAUGCGACGGUUCAGCCUUCCAAGCAAUCGGGUCUGGAUAGCCAGAACAAGCGUGUCCGGAUAGCUGCACCGGAAGAGAGCCAUGUGUUGGAGAUUUCCGGGCCGCUGAUGUCCUGGUGGCCUGAGCCACUCGAGCUAAUGGAACACGAAUGGAUCGACGAAAAGGUCGCCAACAAUAGUUCCCAUGUGAUGUCGACGGACCGCCAUGUGUCAAGCAUCGAUGGGCCUUUAAUGUCGUGGUGGCCAGCUCCAGUGGAAUUAUUAGAACAUGAAUGGGAUGAACGGUUUUACGAAUGA